GACGCGGAUGAGCUGCAGUCGCCCGCUGGAGGAUGCCAGUGUUGCCUCGCAGUUUCUGGGAAUGUGAGUCUGCAGCUUUCCGCGACAUCGAGCGCAGGUUUUGCCGACCCAAGAAGCUCGCGCGGAGCCGCGAGAACGCCGAGGGGAGUGCAGCCGUUCGCCCUUCCGCCGGCGAAGGCGAGGAGCCGAAGCCGAGGAUCGCCAUGGGUCCACUGGAGGAUGGGCCUGCGCAACAUAUCCGUGCGGUGUGCCGCGGUGACGUCUGGCUCGAGCACUGGGCUGCAAAGCCCCGACCACAAGGAAAGGUCCCUGCCGCCCGACCAGCAUCCGUUUCCGCUUCCGCGGGCCCGGCUGCUGCGACGAGAGGCCUCCAAGGGACCCGAAAGAGGGGCGCCCGGGAAGGCCGCCAGCGUCUCGGCGGUCCCUCCUCCGAGCUGCUGCCCCGCAUGGCGCUGCAGAGGUCAGGGGCAACGGCCAUCGUCUUGCUGUUGGCGUUCACUCCGCACGCGUGUGCUGCAGCUCCGAGCAGUGGCGAGGUGGCGCAGGCCUUCGUGGGCCCCGACGGGGCGCGCGCGCUGGCGCAGCCGGCGGCGGGCCCGCUCUCGGCGGAGAGCCGCGCCGGGGUAGGCGGCGUGGCCACGGUGGCCGUAGACGCGCAGGGCAACAGCUUCCAGGGCGAGGUUGCCGCCUCUGUGCUUCUCGCCGGAGGCUCCCAGCAGCUCCCGGCGGGCCACUCCGGCUACCAGCAGCCCGCGGCCCCGGGCUACUCGAGCGGCAGGCCGGCCUAUCCGAGCAGCGGGGUACCCCCCGGCGCGCACGCGCCCGUGCACGCGGUGUCCGCGUCCUCGGUGCCCGCGUCUUCGGGGUCCGUGUCCUCCCACGGCCCGGCCUGCCUCGUGCCAAUGUGGAGCGACGAAGAGUACGCGUGCAAGGACCGAGGCACGUGGACUUCGAGAGGAGCUCGUUCAUGGACUCGCUCUAUACGGAUCGAGAUGCCAGACGGCACGAGGUGCACCGUGACGCCGCCAGGGAAGUGGUCGUUCUGGAUGGCCUCCGAAGUGGCCGAGAUGAUGUGCAAGGCGGGCGUGUGGGUCGACGGCAAGGGCAAGCCCGUCCUCGAGAUCGAGAUGAAGACGGCGCAGUGGUUUCUCAUCGCCUCGGCGGUCACUGCCUGUGUCCUCGCAUACCUGCUUUACAAGAUGUUCUACGACACGGAGUCCUCGUGGUACACGUGGAGGCAGGAUCAGGCGGUGAAGUGGGGCUUCGCUACAGCCCCUCCCCCGCCGGCCGAGGAUGCGGACGGCGCGGCCAGCGCGUCGGGCCCGCAGGCGGGCAUCAACAUCAGCAUCUCGAACGCGAGCGGCAGCCAACCCGCGCCGGAGGCGAAGCCUCAGUAGGCUAGCGAGCCGCUGCGGCACGCGCGCGCUCUGGCGGCCCGACUUCCCGACCAGGGUCAGCUGCAGCGCAAGACAAGCUGAGCUAUCUGCGCACGCCAGGUUACGGUGGGGGCGUUCGUACCCUGGAGGGUUCCUGAU